ACUCGGAAACAUCACCAAUCUCAAACAUGUUGGCUAUAUUUUGUUUAGCAAUCGUUCUUCCUCUCAGUUUCGCUGCCCCAGGGGAACAAAUCGUUGGUGGCUCUCCUGCAGCAAAUUGUCAGUAUCCAUCCAUCGUCCACUUGAUCUUUGAAACUACUGACGGUGGUUUCGCUUGUGGUGGUACACUAUUGGACAACCAACAUGUUUUGACCGCUGCCCAUUGCUUCAAUCCUGGAACUCGUUCCAUUUCUGUAAAUAUUGGUACCAAUAAUAACAAACAGAGAGGUCGAUAUGUUAUGACAGCAACUAAAUGGAAAGUACAUUCUCAAUAUUCUUCUAGACCCAUGCGCAACGAUAUUGCUAUGAUUCGUCUACCUAAGCCAGUGCCGUUUGGAAACUGUGUAGCUGCUGCUGCCCUUCCUUCUCCAGGAGAGAAAUUUGACAGAAGAAGAUGUGUCGCGGCUGGAUGGGGUAAAACUGGAUGGUGA